AUGGUUCAAAUGUACCAAGUCUUCGGCCGCCAGGUCGGCUCGCACCACCUUGCGAUGGGCGUCCUCGGUGCCCUGUUCGGUGGCACCUACCUCGCGGUCUCCGGCCCCAGCAAGAAGAAGGCUGUCCAGACGCCUCCUAUCAACGCAUCCAGCCCCGACGAGGCCGACUUCAUCCAGAACUUCCUGAAGCAGCAGGACGCGGAAGAGAAGAAGGCGAAGCACUAG